ACCACCAUUAAACAAAAGAAGAAGAAGAAGAAAUGCGCAGGACGCUAAUAAGUCAGUGUUAUUAUUUGUUGUCCAGUUUGAAAUAUUUACGUCGUAAAAAAAUGCAUAUUUGAUUCGUUAUGUAAAGAUAAAAUCGUCUCGAUGCGCUAGAAGCACUGUGCCGCUUCUCCUGCUAUCUUUUCUUGUUAGUUAGCUUAGCUCGCUAGUUAGCUUAGCUUGUUAGCUGCUAACAGAAGACACAGAAGUUAUCAACACAUCGCCAAGUAGAGAUCAAGCGUGAGAGUAAAGUGUUGUGAUUGUGUGAAAAUGUGUAAAUUACAAAUGUUGAGAGCGUUGGUGGAUCAGCGACUAACUGCUGCCGUUGAGGAAAUAUUUGUAGUGUUCGAAAGAACGAUAGCAGAAUACGAGGCGGAACUUUCUAGAACAAAAGAGGAGAACUAUCAACUACAGGACGCUGUUUUCAAGAAACAUCAAGUUGUGUUACACAGAAAAGACUUUGAUAAAGAAAGUCAACCUCAUGAGCAGAAGGAAGAACCACAGUCCCCCCACAUACAUGAGGAAGAAGAGGUACCGCAUUCACAACACAUUAAAGAGGGAGGGGAGGAACCACAGCCCCCCCACAUUAAAGAGGAAGACAAGACGCCACAGACCCAUAGUGUUAAUCUGACCCUUCACAUGGAAGGGCAAGCGCAGGACCCACUGAUCUUACACAUCAAAAAUGAAGAGGAGGACCCACUGACCCCUCACUUUAAGGAGCAAGAGAACCCGCUGAGCCCUCAGAUUAAAGAGGAAGAGGAGGACCCACUGACCCCCUACUUUAAAGAGGAAGAGGAGGACCAAGAGCCGCCGCACAUUAAAGAGGAAGAGGAGGGACACAGCAUCAGUCAGGAGGGAGAGCAUCUUGAAGGACUGGUUGAGUUCCCAGUGACUGGUGUCCCUGUGAAGAGUGAAGAUGAUGAGGUCAAAGGUGAAAGUGAGGAGAAGAGAGAGGCGGAGCCUCCAAGCAGCAGCUCAACACAACACAUGACAACAGAAGCUGAUGGAGACCACUGUGGAGGAUCACAAGCAGACAAGCUCUUAGCUCCACUAUCAGAUAGUGAGGACACAACGUCACACUCUCCUGACACUGAUGAUGAAGACUCUAAAGAUGAUAAGACAUGUCACACUGACAACACUCACUUCAAAUGUUCUCACUGUGACAAAACUUUUAAAAACCAUAGUUAUCUGAAAAGACACAUGAGAAGACACACUGGAGAAAAACCUUUUUCUUGCUCAGAAUGUGGUAAAUGUUUAGUAACAAGUCGAAAUUUAAAAUUACACAUGAGAACACACACCGGAGAAAAACCUUGUAUCUGUUCAAUCUGUGGUAAAGGUUUUGCACAAAAUUCAUGUAUGGAAAAACACAGAAGAAUACACACUGGAGUAAAACCUUAUAUCUGUUCAAUCUGUAGUAAAGGUUUUGUACAAAGUCACCAUUUGAAAGUACACAUGAGAACACACACUGGUGAAAAACCUUUUAUCUGUUCAAUCUGUAGUAAAGGUUUUGUACAAAGUCACCAUUUGAAAGUACACAUUAAAACACAUACUAGUGAAAAACAUUUUUCUUGUUCAACCUGUGGUAAAGGUUUUACACAAAGUUGGUGUUUAAAAGUACACACGAGAACACACUCUGGUGAAAAACCUUUUUCCUGUUCAACUUGUGGUAAAGGUUUUACAGAAAGUCAAUAUUUGAAAAGACACACAAGAACACACACUGGUGAAAAAUCAUAUUCCUGUUCAAUCUGCAACAGAAGCUUUUGUGAACGAUCAAACCUUGUAGCACACAUGAGAACACACACAGGAGAUAAAGUGUUGAGUUGCAGUGUGUGUAGUGAAAGAUUCUCUUAUAAGUACCAGUGUAAGAAACACAAGUGUGCUGGUGAGAACAGCAGCAGCAAAUGAAACUGCAGAAUUUGAAAUAAACUGUCAAGACUUUAAUUUUGACUUCCUGACAACAUCAGCACAUAUAACAUGUGUGACAUUGAUUGUGUAACCAUAUUUUUAAUAUGCUUCUACAUUUAUGGAUGAGAUAUUUCAUAUUAGUGCGUUUUUCAGUCAAGUACAUGCAUUAAUAUGCAAAAUUGUGUACUUUUAUUAAAAAUUGAACAACAAUUUGACUGAAAAGGUGAGAGUAAACAGUACAAGACAUAUUUUACAUACACUAGACAUUUUAUGUGUAUAUAUAUAUAUAU